CCGGGGGGGAUUAGGCGCAUCGAGUGGAAGGUGAAGCGCUGCCCCCGAAGCUGGAUCAGACUGUGCCGCGAAACAACGCAGACCAGUAUCGAGCGAGACUGCCGCGAGGUGCCCGUAAACACGAACAUGCGAGACCUAGAUGACCUGCACGGUAUGCCUAGGCCACUCACCCGCAGACGUAGUGGGAGCUUCAAAUUUCGGUUUCCCUUUCUCAGACGGCAGCCAGACUCGUCGGACGAUGAACUGAGACGGACGCUGCCACCCCGGCGGCCGCGCGACCGACCCUGGCAGCGCACGCCCGUCAUGGUCGACCCUCCCCGUCACCCUGGGCCCCGGCUGGUGUCGCCCAUGCGACCCAUGGCUUCGCACAGAUCGACGCCCUCGCGAUCACCCCCCGCGAUUCAAUUUGCCGCUCCACGUCAAAGCGGACGACCUUUGCGCGAGGAACACCUGCCUCGAGGGCGGCCUCGACCCGCCACACCAUCACCAGUGGGACUUCCCUCACUCCCUCCCAAACGGAGACGGCUGACACAAGUUCUCAAGCAGAUCUUCGUCACCCAACCAAGACAACCCACAUCCCCAAUCGCGAUGGAUCCUCAAGUGGUAUGUCGCCCGAGCCCGGAGCAUGAGCAUCGUCUGACACGUGCAAUCAAACAGGUAUUCCGGCCUCGUUCCCGCUCCCAACCCGCCCGACCAACAGUAGAGGUGGAGGCUCGCCAGCCCCGGUCUGAGGCCGCGAGGGUGAUCUCACCCCGGGCUGUUCCACCCAUCCCCCCGCGACGGAGCCGGCCCCCGCGCCCGCGCUCCCCCGUGACGGAGCGGGAGCCCAUCCGCAAGACGCGCUCCACGCCGGGGAUGCCGCACCUCCGGACUGUGUCGCCGCAACAGAGCAGUCGGAGCAUGACCCCGACGCGCCAUGUGCACUUCGCCGAGAACCUGGAGCAGAUCCCGCCCAGCUCGAGCGAGAACAGCCUAGUGGAGGACACGACGACCGGCGACUCCAGCGACGACAGCCCCACGCGUCGCAUCCCGACGCGCCCCCCACCCAGCAGAAUCCCCAUCCGCCCGAUGAACCGCCGCAGUCGGUCCUUGGACACCCAUUCCAUCCGUGGCCGCAUGUUCCCGUUCCCCCGAGAGCCAGCCCGUCCCCGCACGGCAUCGCCAUAUCCCACGCGACUUGACUCACGGGCUCGACCCGCGCCAACGACGCCCCGGUCGCACACGCUGCAGCAGGCACGACCUCGCAUUAUUCAAGAGGGGACGCGGGAUUUGCGGGAGCGAGGAUCGCGGUUGUUGGAGACUUCAUUUGCGCGUCGUAACGACGCGGCUGUGAGGAGUCCAGGCAUGGGGCAUCGACGGGCCCGACCGCGCACGCGGGUCUCGAUGAAUGAUUAUUGGGCGAUGUUCCCGGGCGAUGAGCGGAUUGCGGACGAGGACGAUCGGAGUGGAGGGUCGAGGUUAGGGCGAUGGCGGUAGUUGGGUUGUGCAGGUGUUAUGUUGGGUGUGUGUCUUUCAUUCAGUCUUCUGUGUUAUGUUCUCCUAUGUUUGAUGGUUGGAAUUUCGGAGGAAGGGCGACGGCGACGGCGACGGCGACCGGGACGACCCCGCAUGUGACCCCGCACGUGAUGGGGUUACCUCGGCAGCGGCUCAGCGGCUACAGGCG